CGCCUUCCUUCGGGAACCCGUGCAUUCUGGUCUCUCGCCAAGGCUGUCCAAGGGAAUUUCUGUAAGCCAUCACUACCAUCUCUGUACAGGAGGGACGACUCACUGGUCCACGACGCAAAAGAGAAAGCCGACCUUUUAGGCUCCCUUUUUGCGUCCAACUCGACUGUUGAUGACGGGGGGAACACACCGCCGACCAUCCCGCGGUGUGAGUGCUCCAUGCCGGAUGUGCAGUUCUCACAGCGCUCGGUUCACAGAGCACUCCUCUCCCUUGACAUCCUCGGGUCGAGUAGGGCCUGACGGAAUCCCCCCAAUUGUGCUGAGGACGAGGACGUGUGCUCCGGAGUUGGCACCGGUUCGAACGUGUCUUUUCCGGUACUCCUACUCCCAAGGCGUAGUCCCGAAUUCAUGGAAGACACUUUUUGUCCACCCGAUUCCUAAAAAAGGCGACCGCUCAGACCCGUCCAACUACAGGCCUAUCGCCAUCACUCCCUUGUUCUCCAAAAUAAUGGAAUCCGUUAUAAACUACCACCUCAAGCGGUACUUUGAGGAUCACCAGCUGAUUAGUGACCGCCAGUACGGUUUUCGUCGGGGUCGAUCAGCUGGUGAUCUUCUGGUCUACUUAACUCAUAGAUGGACGGAGGCAGUAGAGUCCAAGGGGGAGGCAUUGGCCGUUAGUUUAAACAUUGCGAAGGCCUUCGAUCGGGUUUGGCACAAAGCGCUUCUUUCGAAGCUCCCUUCCUAUGGGCUCCCCGAGAAAUUAUGCAAUUGGAUCACCAGCUUUCUUGCACAUCGGAGCAUCAAGGUCGUUGUAGACGGUGCAUGCUCCGACUACAAGCCUAUUAACGCUGGUGUUCCACAAGGCUGGGUGCUAUCACCUCACAUGGAAUACUGUUCCCAUCUCUGAGCUGGGGUUCCCCAGUGCCAGCUCCUUCCACUUGACCGCAUCCAGCGUAGAGUGGCUCGAAUUCUCGACGACCGAGUCCUUUCCGAUCGGCUCGACUCAUUUGCGCUGCGAAGAGAUGUUGCAUCUCUUUGCAUUUUCUUUCGCUUGUACCACGGGGAGUGCUCUGAGGAAUUGUUCGGAUUAAUCCCAGCCGCCAAAUUUCACGAACGCACAUCGCGGCAGAACUCGCGAUACCAUCCACAUCAUCUGGACGAUUGGCGGUCCACCACUGUGCGAUUUAGAAGAUGUUUUCUUCCUCGCACAACUUCCUUGUGGAAUAGUUUACCGCCAGCGAUUUUUCCGGACGGAUACGACUUAGGGACCUUCAAGAAAAGAGCCUACUCCUUUUUAAAGGCCGGCAACGCAUCUGUAAUUCCCCUGGUGUUGCGGUUGUUCAUGGGCGGCGGUAGUCACUUACCAUCAGGUGAGCUGCAUGCUCGUUUGCCCCCUCCUAUAAAAUAAAAUAAAAAAUAAUUUUAAGUGCGUUACUCAGAACUUUUUGAACUGAUUUUGAUGAUUCUUUUUUUAUUUGAAAUCUGGUGCUUCUCAUGUGGUCGCAUAUAAAUUUGAUCAAGACCUGAAAAAUAGUUUUUGAGUUAUCCUUAAUAAUGCGCCUUUAAUUGACUUCAACUACACUGAUGGUGUUCUCAUUUUAUUUAUAUUGAAGUCGGUUGUACAAUCUUUUUAAUUUUACCACUUGUUUCUUUUAGUAAUGGUGACAAAUACACAGUUCAUUUGAUGUUACCAACAUUUAUCCUCAAUUUUUUUAAAUAUAUAUAACAAUCAAAAUGGAAAUGUCUAGUCAUUCCUGAGGUAUUACUCCUACUAAGAUAUUCCAUAUUACCGGUAAAUAGGGUAUCCGGUUCUCGUCACUCACUAUUGAAGACAGCAGAGUUGUGCUAAUAUUUUACGCGGAUUUUCUGUAUGAGCAUGAUGCUUACUAGCUCGACACGACUCAUUCAUCAGCUAUACACGGAAUGUGUAGCACAGAGCCGGUACCUGCGCACUUAUAACGCUGUUCCGCAUCACCAUUCUGUGAUAUCCAAGUUAUACAAAUUGAACACCAUAUUAUUAUGUUUUACUACUUAUCAAUUAAAACGGUUUGCAUAGUUAGAAAAAAAUAAGUUAAAUGCAUUGAAUAAAUAUGUAGGUACUACGUAUUAGAAGAGACGUCACUUCAAUCAUCAACCACACACACGCAAUGCCGCACAGAUUUUGUUUGGGGUGUCAGUUCUAAAGUCUAGUCAGUUUCCGUCAUUAUUAUUCACUGCCACUAGUGCAAAAAUAUCAAUUAUCAUUUUCCGAGUAAACAACUGGAUAACAUAUCUAAGCAAAAGCAACGUCAGCUUUUUUCCAGAAGUUAUCAAGCCGAAAGUAUACUUCAAGUGUACUGCCCAAACUGCUGAAUAGUAGUUUACUCAGACAUUAAUCGAUCAAAUUUUUUAUUAUAUUAAUUUAGAUACACAAUUUUACUCAGCAUUUCUAUGUUACUUGGAAUUAACGUUUUUUUGUUCUAACAGGUUUCCUGUGUAGUCCACUACCUUUGAAUCUAAAAAAAAUUAAACCUAUAAAUGCUGCUGCCAAUGAUAUUUUCUUUUAUAUAAUUAUUUACAUUACCUAAUAAAGCUUGUAAUUGUUAUCAAUCAAGUCUAUAUUAUGCCGAAUUUUUCUGUUACUUAAAACAUUUUCUGUCGUGUAGGUAUCAUACCUGUCUCUACCACGCCUGCGUCGCUGUCUGCUACAUUAAGCCCUCUAGCAGCAUAUCAUUUGAGCAGUUACCAAUGGGCGGUAUCUUUGUUGAACAACACUUCUGACUGCAUCACACUACAAACCAACGGGACCCAAGUGACCCUUAAGCUUACGAAAGAUUCCGCUGCUCCUAAGGCUGAGGGCGGCGACACCGAAUGCCCAAGUGCAACAGACAACUCGGCAGGCCUGUGCGUGUAUCUGACGCGAUGUGACGCGGCCCAAAGCAUCACCGUCGACGUCUACAGCCGCGCCUACUGCGUAGUCAGCGAUGGUUACGCUGGUGUUUGUUGUCCAAAAAGUGAAGUAGACAAGACGCACUGAUGCAUCCGUAGCACGGGAGAAUCUAAACUUGUUUACAUUGUGAUUACAUAUACAUUAAAUGUUAAGGUUUUCUAGAUAAAAAUAUUUAUGGGUGGCUGUGAGUUUAUAGUGUGUAUAUUAAAAAUUCAAACUCACAAAACACAUUUUGUACAGGUACUAUAAAAAAUACUUGAAUGUAUUAAGUUCUUAGUAAGGCAUUAUAUCAGCACCACAUAUUACAGAUGUUUUGAAAUACAAAACACAAGCGUGCUGACUUAAAAAAUAGCAAUAGUCUCUAAUUUUGUAUGAUCCUGUGAAACAAAUUGUGAC